CUAAGCUCGUACCUAGUUUGCAGAAUUGUGGUGUAGCCUUGGUUAAGCCCCGUGUUAAUAUGAACUUUGCAUCGGCUUUUAGAUUGUUUUCGAGCUCUGGAUUUCGAAAAGUUGACGGGAAUUUUGCUAGAAAGGUUGUUGACAAGCCAAUCCAAGCUGUUAGUUCGACUUUUGCUAGAUACCGAAUGGCUUUAGGGUUGCACAUUGAUGCGUUUUGGAAGAAGAAUAACCUUUUGGUGUUUGGAGCAGGAGCUGUUUUUGUAUGUAUUUUCUUGUGGAGGAUCAUGUUUGGAAUUGCUAGCACAUUCGUUGGUCUCUCUGAGGGAAUGGCCAAGUACGGCUUCCUUGCUCUCUCCUCUGCAAUUGUUGCAUUUGCUGGUUUAUACCUUCGCGCAAGGUUCACGAUAAAUCCCGAUAAAGUCUAUAGGAUCACUAUGAGGAAGCUCAAUACAGCAGCUGAUGUUCUUGAAGUUAUGGGUGCUCCUCUGGCAGGAUCAGAUUUGCGUGCUUAUGUGAUGUCAGGUGGUGGCAUAACAUUCAAAAAAUUCAAGCCAACAAUUAGGAACAAGCGUUGCUUCCUCUUAUUCCCGGUUCAAGGUUCCGAGAGAAAGGGCCUUGUUAGUGUCGAAGUCAAGAAGAAGAAAGGCCAGUAUGAUAUGAAACUACUGGCAGUGGAUAUUCCAAUGGCGUCUGGUCCUGAUCAACGCUUAUUCCUUAUUGGUGAUGAAGAAGAGUACAGAGUCGGUGGUGGUUUGAUCUCUGAGUUAAGAGAUCCUGUGGUAAAAGCAAUGGCAGCAACCAAAGAGUUUGAUAAUCUUGACAGAAUUGAAGAGGAAGAAGACGCCGAAAGAGAACUUCAAGAGGCCGAAAGGAAGGAACAGUUGAUGGGAAAUCGUUGUGCAAGAACUUCUUGUUGUAGAAAGUUAUGGUCAUGUAUAUGCUGCUGCAGCAACAACAACAACAAGGCUCAAACCCGAAGCCAACACGGGUCCAAAGGAAAGGUCCACCCGGUAAGCAGAAUCGAGAAAUGGGAAGAAAAGAUCACAGAAGCUAACAACAAUGGCAAGAUUCUCGUGGUGAAUUUCAGCGCGCCGUGGUGUGUACCUUGUAAAAAGAUAGAACCAGUAUUCAGGGAGCUUGCUUCUAGAUACCCUUCAAUGAUAUUUGUAACAGUUGAUGUCGAAGAGCUCGCUGAAUUUAGUAAUGAAUGGAAUGUGGAAGCUACACCAACUGUAGUGUUCCUUAAAGAUGGGAGACAAAUGGAUAAACUUGUUGAUUCUUCACCUUCACCUAGGCUACUCUCCCUUAUCCGUUCUAAGUUGGCAAGUGGUAAAGACUUGAAGCAUAUGUUCAGAGGUAUGAGGAGUAGAACCGUGCCUGGAUUAUCUUCUCAGUCUAGGAUCGUGAGAUGUCCCAAGUGCCACAAACUUCUCCAGGAACCUUUAGAUGCGACUUCUUACAAAUGUGGUGGAUGCGACUCUAUUCUUCAUGCAAAACGUUGGGAACUGGAAGGCAAUGAUCACACAAACACUAUUCCUGAGGCUCUCCUUUCUUCUCAAAACCGCAGUUUAAGUGCUGAGGUAGAAUCUCCAGAAGAUAGUAGUAGAACUCCAAUGAGAAGUACUCACCGGGAAUACAAUUCAAGGGCAUCGCCUUCUGUUGAAAGGGGUUAUCAUCCAGAAACUGUUUACAAGCAUGAGACAUCCGAUAUCCGCAGAGAAUGGAUGAGAAGGACUGAUGACUUCAGUGAGACCGGUGAUUCUGAUACGUUUGCUUCAGCAAGAAGCUCUCCAUAUAACACACGCAGCAAUGCCUCGCAAUGGGCACGACAUGAGGGGAGAUAUGAAGAUCUACCUCAGGUUCCUUUCUAUCCAGCAAGUCCUUCCCCUUCUUCUGCAUAUGAAUAUGGCUACAGUAGUCCUUUUCACGGGUCUCACGUUUCUGCAUCAGAGCAGUCUUAUUAUCAUCAUCAACCAAACCAAUUCGGAAGAGAAGGCUGGUUUCAAGAAUCUUCUGUUGCUUCACCUAGUCGUUUUCAGGGUGAGACAUCUGAUGGAAAGUACUAUCACAGGUCUUCUCAGUCUCAGCUGCAUGAUCUUCAGUAUCAUAAUAUUUAUGAACCCAGUAGCUCUGUAACCCCGCAUCACUCUGUGUACUCUGAGCGUAAUUAUGUCGCAGCUGCAGCGCCACACCGCUCUACAUACUCGGAGCAUUCCGUAGGGAUUUCUAAGAGUGGCACAAGUAGUGAAAAGAACUCUCUAAGUAACAAAAAACGGUAUGUCAGGGAAAGGAAUCCGGUGGUGAAGCGCCAUAUUCUUCCUUCAGCAGGCGGUGCACCUUUUGCAACUUGUUCCUAUUGCUUGGAACUUCUACAUCUUCCUCAGGUGUCUCCCCAAGGAAAACGUAAAAGAUAUCAAGUGAGAUGUGGCAGUUGUUCCGGUGUACUUAAGUUCUCUAUUCGAGAGAAAGCAGAUACUGUCCUGGAUUCACCUAGCUUUGUGGAUUAUGGCAUGGAUUUUGCAGAUGAAAAUGUUACUAAUCAUCAGGAUUCAGCAUCAGAAGGUCAUGAAGAGAUUUAUCCUGAUGGAAAUCAUCUGCCGUGUUUAGACGAAGAUUUUGGAGAUACAAUCUGCAAAAGCAAUGAUGCUGUUAUUUUGAGUCAAAGUCUAGAAACAUUUGAGGAUAAGGGGAUUGAAGAAGACAUGAGGAAUAUAUCUAGCAAACUAUUAGAUUUGAAAUUGGAGGCAUUGCAGCCUCAUCUAAAACCUGUGGUGAACCCCAGAUUAAGGGAGCAACAACCUGCAUCAAGUGAGACUAUUGGAGAGACUUCCAGGAUUCAUCUAGAGCAAUCUCAGGAAGCUCAUUCAGAAAAGUCAACCGAGAUGGAUAAUAACAAUUGUGAAAGAGCCUGGUGCGAUUUAGAAGAGCUUGAAUAUGAGAAGAACGAAAUUAUCAAGCCAGAAGAAAUUGUUGGAGAAGGAUCAGGUGAGUCCUUGGAAGUUCCAGUAUACCAGAACGAAAGGAUGAGUGAAUCAAGUGAAGAAGAUGAGAGAGUUGCAGAGAGAUCGGUAUCUCAUAGUGUGAAACUUCUAUACGAGAACGAAUACGUCAGUGAAACACGUGUACAGUCUGAGAAUACCGGAGACGCUAACGAGUCUAAGUGGGAGGAGACUCAAGAAAAUGAAGAAUAUGGAGAUGAAAGUACAUUGGAAGAGAUCGGAGACAAACCGAAGUUGCAUUUGGAGAAAUAUAGGUACAUUCAAGAUUCUAUCUGUGACAGCAGCUUAAGCUAUGGUGAACCAUUUGAGGAUACAUCAGUCAAGGAAGAUACAGAGCACGUUUCAAACACAAUUUCAGAUGAUAACUCUUUGGUGAAUGAGAACCAGAAGUUUAUAAGACAUCCUGACCAAUCAGGUGAAGCUACAGUAACAAUAUCUAGUAUCCAGGAGCAGUCGAAGUAUGAGUUUGAGAGUUUCAGCAAAAGACAAGAAUUGGAAAUGACCAUUAGUGACAGAGUACGGUAUGAGUUAGAGGAGUCUAGAUACGAGACAAAUGAAACUAUUGAGCCGAGCAAGGUGGGCGAAGAUGGAUCUGUUGUUUCUUUCGCGAAGGCAAGUGAGGCAUUCGAAACAAUCAUAGAAGGCGAGACAGGUGGCGAGACACUAGUAUCUCAUCAAAUGGAUUCUCCAAACGAGAAAGUAGAAAAUUCCUAUGGAACACUAGAACCAAUUUAUCUAGAAGAAAGCGGGUUAGCGGGUGAAAAUACGUGGGAAGGGACAACAGAAGAUAGAGCGGCGUUACAUUUGGAGGAAUAUGAAAGCAACUUUGAGAAUUACAGCAGACCAUUUGAAUGGACUUCAGAAACAACUCCAACAUUUGGCAUGCAUGAUUAUGAGCUAGGGAAGAUACUUGAACCAGACGAGGAUGCUGAUGGAAGAUCAGAAUCCAGUUCACGGGGUUCCUUCAAUGACGAUGUAAGUUCAGAAGAGAGGGUCAUUUUUCAUGAGUCUCAAGAUGCUAUACCCGAACAGUCCCACUAUGAGUAUGAGAGCUCAAGCAAAAGACAAGAGUUGAGUGACACUGUUUUUGACAUAGUAAGGUCUGAAUUACAGGAGUAUAGAUAUGAGACCAAUGAAACACUUGAGCCAAGCAAGAUGGUUGGAGAUGGAUCUGUUGUUCCUGUUGAGAAGGCGGGUGAAACUUUCAUAAGCGAAAAGGAUGAAGAGAGCUCGGUAUCUCAUCAAAUGGAGUCUCAAAAUGAAGAUAUGGAAAAUUCCUACGGAACUAUAGAACCGGUUUAUCUGGAAGGAAGCAGAUGUGAAAGUGAAAAUCCAUGGGCAGAGACAAUGGGAGAUGAAGUGGGGUUGAAGUUAGAGGAAUAUAAAAGCAAUCCAUUUGAAUGGACUUCCGAAAGAGCUCCAACAUUUCAUCUGCAUGAAUAUGAACAAUGGACAGUGCCUGAACCAGAAGAGGAUGCUAAUGGAAGAUCAAUACCCAGUUCACGGGAUUCCUUUAAUGACCAUGAAAGUUUAAAAGAGAUAGUUGCGUCUCAUGAGGAGGUAGUGGAUGAGAACAAAACGGAAGCACUAAAAGUUGGUGUAAUGGUGGAAGAUGGACCUUCGCUGCCCCUGACGAAAUGCGAAAAUGAAUUAAUGAAAUUGGAAGAGACACUUGAAUGGACUUCAGAAAGAGCUCCAACAUUUCGUCUGCAUGAGUAUGAACUAGGGGAAAUGCUUGAAUCAGACAACGAUGUUGAUGAAAGAUCAGAUUACAGCUCAAGGGGUUCCUUCAAUGAUCAUGGAAUUUCAAAAGAAAGAGAGUUGUUCAAUGAGGAGGAGCCCCAGCUGGUGAUUGACGGCAGAACCGAGGCGCUACAAGUAGGCCAAAUGGCAAAAGAUACGGUAUCACUGCACUUGGAGCAAUGCAAAGAUGAAUCAAUGAAACUGGAUGAGACAUUUGAAUGGACUUCAGGGAGAACUUUAACGUUUCGUCGCCAUGGGUAUGAGGUAGGGACCAAGCUUGCACCAGAUGAGGAUGUUGAUGGAAGAUCAGAAUCUAGUUCAAGGGGUUCCUUCAAUGAUCGUGGAAGUUCAAAAGAGAGAGCUGUGCUUCACGAGGAUGGGCCUUGGCUGGUGGAUGAUUAUGAAACAAAAGUGCUAAAAGUAGGCGUAAUGGCAGAAGAUGGAUCAUUGCUGCACUUGGAGAAGUGCGAAAAUGAAAAAAUGGAAUUGGACGAGACACUUGAACCAAGGGAUGAUAUAUUCAGGCUCAGUCUUGAUGACACACUUGAGCAAGAAAGGAUGACGUUUCAUUUAAAAAUGUCUCAGGAUAAGCAAGAAAAUCAAAGGCAGACCUUUAAACAAGGCGAGGCUGAAAAAGAUAUACCAGCAUUUGGUUCAAGGGUAUCUUCAGAGGGCCAAGAAUCUCCAAUUAAAAUGGCAGAACUAGAUAGUGACACUGAAGAGGAGAUAUUGGGAGACCACAUAGAACAUUUGCAGAAACAGAAUGAGAAGUCAGGUCUAACCUCUGAACCACAUGCUCAUAUCUACAGCACAACGGAGCCUUCCGAAAUCGUGGUUUCACCACUUCGUUCUCCCAUCAACUCAUCUGGAUCUCUCUCUGAUGUAUUGUUCUUCAGCAAGAAAACUUGAUGGCAAGAAAACAGAUAAGCAUUCUUCCAAGCUUGCUCAGUCUUUCCCCCAUACUUCAAGACUUUACCUGCAAUACAAAACAGUGUGUACAUUGUUUCAAUUUUGUUUUCGAGUGAUUGGAUUACAGAUGAUAAAUCAAUUCUUUGAGUAGACAAAUCUGUUUUUUUUACAGAAGUUGUGCUGAUUCAAGGCUCAUUAGAUAAAGAGGAAUUGAAUCU